CGGAGAUGCGGGAAGAUGGCGGCGGCAGAGUCAAACGAGACGAAAUGCAUCGACGUUUCGUGCGCUGAGAAUGCAACGUGCGAGGAGCCGGCCGCGGCGAUGCCGCGCCGGCAAGCCGAGCGGUAUCAAUUUCGCACGGCGGACCUGCUGUACUACGCGUUUUCGGUCAGUUUCUUUUUCGCGGACGUAGCAACAGACAGUAUUGCAUUUGUGGAAUACCUCUUGCAAGGCCACUUAGAGUGGGGAUGCUUUGCAAUGGGUUUCACCAUCUUGCCCGCUUGUGUUACUCAACUAUUUAGUUUGAGAUGGCAUCGCAGCGACGGUUCCUUGAAGACUGUCCACUGGUUACUGCACUUCUUACUUCUGGGCUUUCUGCACAGGUACUUGACUUUGCUUUACACUGCGGUGCAUUCUCUAAGAAAUAAGUCGAACUUCAGUAAGGACAAGAAUUGGGUGUACCGGCAAGAAAGUGAUAUAUGUAUGUUGCACCUGUUCGAGUCAUUCAUGGGGGCUGCACCGCAGUUGAUCCUGCAAUUGUAUAUAAUUGCAAUACUACACCACGCUCCACUUUGGACAAGUGCGUCCGCUAUAGCCUCCUUUUGCUCGCUGACGUGGGCUGUGAGCACAUACGUGCGAGCCAUGCACAACAUCAAUCGCGAGCGCAACAACGCGACCUGGGUGGCGCUUGCUCUUCAGGCUCUCUGGCGCAGCGGCAUGCUGCUGUCGCGAAUCGGAGUUUUGGUGCUGGCUGCGGUCUUCCUGAGAGCGUGGUUCUUAUUAUUUCUGGGUCUGCACUGGUUGUUCAUGACGAUCUGGGUGAUCCUGCAGAACACCGAGUUCUGCCCGACGGUGUGGGAGGAGCGCAUCUACAACUGCAUCAUCGGCCUCAUCUACUGUUUCGACUUCUUCAACCUGCGCGACGGCCGGUCGCGGUACCGCAUCUUGCUCUUCUACACGGUGAUCGCGGUGCAGAACUUGGUCCUCCUGCUGGUGUACGCGCUGCGCUUCGCGGUCGCGCUCGACACGACGAUCGCGAUCGCCGGCGCGAUAGUCGGCGGGAUGUUCGUCGGUCUCACCAGCAUGCUCCUCUACUACGGCAAGUUCCACCCGUCCAAGGCGGCGCCGGCACGGGACAUCCGCCGGGACGAGCGUCUCGUCUCCGACACCCCGAGGUCCUUCAAGCUCUUCCAUCGCGGCUCCCUGGUGUCGCUGCACCACUCCAUCGACAUCUCGCCGAGGGUCGCCGAGGAGGUGGCCACCGACAAGCAGUCCCUGCUGACGAACGUCGCGCAGAUCUCCGGCUGCGCGGAGGAGGGCAUCGUCAACUGCAACUACAGCGCGGAGAAGGAGCCGCCGGUGCGCGUCUCCACGGAGUGCGAGAAGCCGCUCGCUCGCGCGCACAAAGAGGAGACCUCGGCGCAACCGAAGGAGGAGAGCGCGGCGAGCGGGACGUUGAGCACCCUGUACCAGGGCUUGCCGGACGUCGACGACCCUCAUCUCCGUCAGAAACGCAGGGGCAUCUGCCUGCCCGUCACCCACGGCCUGGACGCGGAGAAGAAGAGUCUGCCUGAGGUGGACGUAGACGUCCCGGACGUCGACGUGUGCCUGUCCUCGCGGAAACGCCGCGGCAUCUACGAGCAUGGUAUCGCGGCGGCGCAAUUAGACUGGCUGGUCCCGGACGUGUCGAGCAUCGACCUGGGCGAGGGCGAGCGGGACGACCCCUUUGAUAACUCGUGCGACAAGGUGAUCGGCGCGCUGGACGCGAUCAAGACCCGGGGCAGACUGACGACCCCGACGCCGCUGGAGGGCGGCCGGAUAUUCGACAUCGAGAAGGUGUCGAAGGACCUGCAGCAACGGGACGAGACGAUGAGUUGCGUCACGUCGAUACACGACUACGAGAACGUGUGCCCGCUCGGGAUCGCCCGGCCGCCUUGGUGCAUCCGCAGCUGGAAGGGCUACACCGACAUCGAGACGUACAUCCACGACGACAGCGUGGUGCGGGACCGCCGUCGGGACACCCUCACCAGCACCACCGGCACCACGUACAGCUCGGAGUACUCGGACGGCGUGUGCGGCGCCGGCUCCCUGAUCUCGCGCGGGAUCCUCAAGCAGGACGACUACGCCGACACGCUGGUGUACGACCUGGCGGAGCCGAAGGACGGCAAGUUGCCGUACGAGCGCGCCGGCGACGUGUUCGCGAGCGGCAUCGAGGAGCAGAGCGCCGCCGCGUUGUACAUCGCGAAGCCGGUGGUGAUAGACGACCGGGGCGGCAUGCUCGCGCUAGACACGAUCCUGGAGGAACGCGACGACUCGCCGGAGGACGCCGGCAAAUUCCAACGCGUCCAAGAGGCGUCGGACUCCGCGAGCACCUUGGUGAGCACGAUCGACCAGAUCAGGCGGUACACGGCGGAGAACUCGCCGAGGCACGUCUAUCAUACCACCGGCACGCAGUGGGAGGACCUGAACCCGAAGAACCUGAUGGCGCAGGCGAGCUUCGCCAAGGUGCUCUUCGACAACGAGCUGAAGAGCGGCGCGAUGCCCGGCCCGGUCUGCGAGCUGUCGCCGUGCGUCGACGAUCCGCGCGUCGUCGACAAGCGCGAGAUCGACGCGAUCAGGGAGUUCGUCAAGUGCUGUGCGAUCGAGUCCAUCAAGAAGACGCCGCUGAUCGAGGCCAUCCUGUCGGACUCGCCGAUCUUAGGCAGCAGGGGCAAGCUCGUGCGGCAGGUGACGUUCGCCGGCUGCAAGGACGACUUCGACGCGAACGAGAGCGACCUGUACGUGGAGAUGAGCCCGUUGGUGUCGGUCGAGAACGGCGAGAACUCGAAGACGCCUGUCGAGCUGAAGACACCCGACACCCUGGAGCCGGUCAAGAGGGGUCUCGCCCUGGCAACCUCGAAGAAAUCGCCGCAGCUCUCCGACAAGGAGAACCUCGCGCCGGUCUCGUCGUGCAGGAGCAGACGAUUCAACGGCGACAGCGACGACAGGCGCGCCUGGACCAUCGAGCGCGAUGAUAAGGCCGACAGGUCCCUGUGUAACGUGCGCUUCAACCUGAAGGAGAAGAGGCACGUGUUCCUCGAGCAGGUCCUCUCACCGCCCAAGCUCUGGAACAAACGCAUCUCCUUCCACCCGAGCACUAAAAACUUGUAGCGAGCGAUUAUUAGGGUCGUCCCCUCGUUGGCGUACGCCACGUGUCUCGCGUGUGGCCUGAGGAGAGUUGAAUACACAGACCUUCUGUAUGUUACUGGAAUGCUAACUCCUUUGUACAAGGUGGUCCACUUAACUUCAUUCGUUUCUGACGAUACGAAGAAAUGUCGAAGGACAAAGUUGUUCGAGGAGGUAAUUAUGAUGGCAAAAGAUUUCUUUUUUUCUCGGAGAUUUGAAGGUCAAGAUAAUUUUCCUAUAAAAGUUACGUGUCUUUGCGCGAUUUUAUAGCCAACGAGGGGAAUUCAACGACCUAUGACAAUAUGAUUUUUAAAUUUGGAUCCUGGACGUGGAGUGGUGAUGGAUAAAUGUGAUGCAUGGCCGAUGCCUGCAACCAAUCAGACGUGAACGUCGCACUACUUAUACGACGUAGAGGCAUAAUUCUGUAUAUAUAUUUUUAGAGCUAUGCAUUUCCUAGAAGUUAGCAGUCCAGUGGUGCAUAUAGAAGUCCGUGGUUGAAUAUAUUAGCUCACUUCCAUGGAGUGCCAAAAAUUUGGAAACGAAUGAGACUUUGCGACUCUCGCACUCGGCACUGUCGUGUUAUUGGCGUAUUGACUUGGUGCAAAAGUCUUCCCACAAACAUCGCACGAGUGUUAACACAUUAAGGGCGGGAGUCGUAGUACUACGAUUUAUCUCGACUGCGGCUUAAAGACGGGAGUCGUAGUAAUACGAUUUAGCUCGACUGCGGCUUAAAGGCGGGAGUCGUAGUAAUACGAUUUAGCUCGACUGCGGUUUAAAGGCGGGAGUUGUAGUAAUACGAUUUAGCUCGACUGUACCUUAAAGUUUUUAUGAUCACACAAAAUAUCGCCCGCUCUAGGCCGAAAA